GAGUUGCCACGCUUGCAAGUUCUCCUGGGAGAGGUCAUGACGGUGGGAGCUGCGGCCUGUGGGGAUGGUGGCCAUUGGGAGAAGAUGGUGAACUUGAUACGGCUCUUUGGCAGCAGUCUGGUCACCGCCUGCAUCGUAGCCAUCUUGGAUCACUUCGUCUUGCAGUGUGAGGAGAAGGCGCAGCGGCCAGGGCGCGACGAUGAUGGUCAAAG